GCCUCGUGAGGGGGGUCCUCCGCAGAGGCGGCUACUUGAGUGCCUGCGCGGGUCCUGGCUUGACAUUGAUCCGGCCGCCAUGUCGCAGCAGCAGCAGCCUCAGCAGCCCCGCGCCCCUCCGGCCGCCUCUGCCGCCUCCAACCCGGGCUUGAUUGGCUUCCUCCGCCACCAAGUCACACACCGGCCCAGCCUUAUUCCGCUUUUCCUAAUCAUGGGUACUGCGGUGGCCGGCGCUGGACUCUAUUUGAUGCGUCUGGCUCUCCUCUGCCCCGAAGUCAGAUGGGAUAAGAAGAAUAAUCCGGAGCCAUGGAACAACCUUGAUCCCACUCAUCGUUACAAGUUCUUUGCCGUCAACAUGGACUACAGCAAGCUGCAGAAAGACCGUCCCGACUUCUAAAACGAGGCGGGUUUCGUGACUGUCCUUGCAG